AUGGCGGGAGGCAAAAUCAAGAAAGAGCGGGCGCAGAAAGGCGGCGCCGGGGCAUCCAAUCAUCAUUUUCAAGGGGGGAUUUCUUUCCACAAGUCGAAAGGCCAGCACAUACUGAAAAACCCUCUCUUGGUCGACUCAAUCGUUCAGAAAUCCGGCAUAAAACCUACCGACGUUAUUCUGGAGAUAGGUCCCGGCACGGGUAAUCUCACUAAGAAGCUUCUCGAAACCGGAAAGUCCGUGAUCGCCGUUGAGCUUGAUCCUCGUAUGGUGCUCGAGCUGCAACGCCGAUUCCAAGGAACCCCUUAUUCGAACCGAUUGAAGGUGAUACAAGGAGAUGUCCUGAAAUGCGACCUUCCAUACUUCGACAUCUGUGUGGCCAACAUCCCAUACCAGAUCUCAUCACCCCUGACAUUCAAGCUGCUCGCCCACCGGCCUCUCUUCAGGUGUGCCGUCAUCAUGUUCCAGAGGGAGUUCGCCAUGCGGCUCGUGGCCCAGCCAGGGGACACCCUCUACUGUCGCCUCUCAGUCAACACCCAGCUCCUUGCCCGAGUCAACCACUUGCUAAAAGUUGGGAGGAACAACUUCAGGCCACCCCCCAAGGUUGACUCGUCCGUGGUCCGUAUCGAGCCUCGAAAGCCUCUCCCACCCGUCAACUUCAAGGAGUGGGAUGGACUCGUCCGCAUCUGCUUCAACCGCAAGAACAAAACUUUAGGCUCCAUAUUCAGGCAAAAGAAUGUGCUUUCGUUGCUCGAGAAGAACUAUAAGACGCUGCAAGCUUUACAGUUGGCGCCCGAUGGUCGCCCAGAGGACGAUGAUGCAGAGAUGGCUGCUUGUGUGUCGGCAUUAGGGGACACGCUCGGGGGAAUGAGCGUCGACGGUAACGAUGAUGGUGACGAUGAUGACGAGAUGGAGAUGGAUGAUGGGGAUAAUAAUAAUAAUAAUAACAACAAUGGUAUGAAGGGUUCGGAUUUUAAGAAUAAGGUUUUGGGGGUGUUGAAAAGUGGAGGGUUUGAGGAGAAGAGGUCAUCGAAGCUGGCGCAAGCGGAUUUCAUGCACCUGCUCUCGUUGUUCAAUAGGGCCGGGAUUCAUUUUUCAUAG